CCUUGGUUUGAUUCAUUGCAUUCAUUACAUUCAAGUAAUCGUAGUGGCGAGUUUGCAAUUCUGUGUUUUUGAAGAUGACCAAAAUACUUUCCAUGAGAUUGAAUCUGCUCAGCUAAAUAUUUCAACCGAAGCUGUUGUAUUUCCAGUUUUUUCGUCAUUCAAUUCCUGCUUGUGUUGGAGGGAAGGUCUUACGGAAAGUCGUGCUCAAUAUUGUCAAUUGAAGUCAAUCAUGACGGAUAACAAUUGUAACGAGAAAGUUAAUAUUUUUUGCAACCAAAAUGAUAUUAGUGAAAAUGGUAUUCAAGUGGAAAGUCGUCGUGAACUGAAUCCUGUGGAUCAUAUGAGACUACCUAUAGAUGAUGUCCCUGUUAGCGAAGCCAAUACUGAACUGAUUUAUGUGGACAAACAGAUGGAUCUACCCAAUGUUGAUAUUCCUGUUCAUGCUGAAAGUGAACUUGUUCCUGGGGACCAACAUAUGAACCCACCUGAAGAUGAUAUUCCUGUUGAAGCCAGUAGUGAAAUAGUUUCUGGUGAUCAACACAUGAACCCACCUGAAGAUGAUAUUCCUGUUGAAGCCAGUAGUGAACUAGUUUCUGGGGACCAACACAUGAACCCAACUGAAGUUGAUAUUCCUGUUGAUUCUGGUAGUGAAUUUGUUUCAGCAUACCAACACAUAAACCCACAUGAAGAUGAUAUUCGUGUUGAUCCUGGUAAUGAAUUUGUUUCUGGGGAGCAGCGUAUGAAUUUUCCUGAUUUUUGCAUUUCAGUUGAAGCUAGUAGACUGGAACUGAAUGUUCACGACACAGAGACACAAAAUAUCAUAUCUGUUGAUGAACUAAAGCAACCCAAUUCUCUUGUUGAGACAGAAGAAGAUUUCUCUCAGGGAGAGCAGAAUUCUGAAUCAAUGUACCUCGGCGUCGGCCUUCAGGUUGAGGACAUCGGAGAAGAGGAAGUGAUGUUUCAUGAUAUGAAUGAAGAGAGAGGUACAUUGCUUGAUUCAAGAGUAUUGGUUGCUGAAAAUUGGUCCAUUGAAGAAGAAACAAGGGAUCAGCCAAUGAAUUUUCAUCACACAGAGACACAAAAUAUCAUUUUGGUUGACGAAUCUGAUCAACCCAGUUUACUGGGUGAGAUUGAAGCACACCUUCAGGGGGAGCUGAACUCUGAAUUAAUGCAGCUCUACGUCAGCCUUCUUAUUGAGGACAUGAGAGAAGAGGAAGUGAUGUUUGAUGAUAUGGAUGAAGAAAUGGGUGAAGUGGUUGACUCGAGAGAUUUGGAUGUUGAGUUUUGCUCCAGCGUGGAGCUUGAUUGUCCAUUAACUACGCCUGAGGUUUGAUAAUGAACUCGAACAAGGCAUUUAAAAGUUAUUAUAUUAGUAAUUUUUUGACAGGGUUCGAUUUAGGAGAAAAAAUCGAUUUGCAACGUUUUAAAACGUGCGUUCACUGAAAGUUCAAAAUUUGUGUUCUAGCUAAUACGUUGGCUCUACAUAUGCUUAUGUUUGAAUUUGGAUAACAGCAGUAGAAGUUACGGCAGUAAAAUUGUCACUGUAAACUGGUCGUAACGUUUUGGCAUCGAUCCAUGGGCCAAACUAUACUUCAGCACCAACAUGUGGCAAAGGAUUUUAGGAUUUGAAAAUUUGUAAUACCUUUUGUCUUAUAUUAUUUUUACCACGGUCUUUAUCUGCGUAGCAUUAUUUAUAUUUGUGCUAUUAACGUAACUACAGUAAAUUAUAUGUUGAAUGUUGAAUGUAAUUGCUGUUUUUUUGUAAAUUCUUUUUCAUCAAAACAUUCACUGUACUGCGCUAUUUCAAUAAAACUUUUUCCGCUCGCGUAUGAAGCAUUCGCUACUGAACAGACAAAGCAUAUGAAAACGGCAGCCGUACUGUUCCACGUAUAAAAAAUUUCAAAAUCGCGCUCUAAUUGCAUAUUUUCAAAUUUCUGUUCGCCAAUUAUUCAUCUUCGAUACGCUAAAGCACAAUAUUGGCUUGUAAAAUGCGAUGUGCUGAUUCGAACCCUGUCACUCAUUUGUAUUGCAACCAUAAGAAACAAUGUUACAUUCUUAUGGAAUACAUAGAGUAAAUCAGAACAUGAAUAGAUUAAUUCUUAGUUACAUGCUUACUGUAGUGGUGGGAGUCGGUUGAGAUUUCACAAUCGGUUAUUGAAAUUGCCCAAACCGAUAAAUCGUCGAUUAUAAUCUGACAGAUCUCCUGCUCUGCCAUUAUAGCCGCCAUGUUGGAUUCGUCAACAACUGGUAAACCAGGCAGAGUUUCGAAAGGCCAUUGGAUUUAGCGAAGCGACAUUUCGCGACUUUUAAAUCGUUAUUGUACCUUUCAUCCGAAAAAACCCAAAAAAGUGAGGUUGAAAUUUGUGUUUUGGUUCGGACGAUCACAUAAAAGUAUUAAAUGCACAUUUUUAUUGAUUUUGAUGCUUUUUACUUAUCAAUAAAUUCAAUAAAUUUUCAACUUUUAUGGCGAUAGUAGAUUAAGAAAAAACAUAAUCGAUUGUCACUUUGCUUGAAAUUUUUGAUCAAUCAUCGAUGAUAAUCGACCAGCGUCCCACCACCAAUGUUUACUAUAGAUAGCAUGAAUCAUUUACUAAUUCUUUUUAUCUUGUGUAAAUAUUCAUUAAUAAUGAUUUUGUAUAUUAAUAAUUCCAUAUAAUUAGUUCACAGUAAAAUGAAAGUUUACUAAUGAAUGUUAGUUAUAAAAAGCCUUUUAAAAACACGAGUGCUGAGUGGUCAAAUGCUAUAAAUACCGUGCUUACAUAAUGUACGAGAACUUUAUUCUAGCAAAAAUAUAAUCUUUUUAGAAUAUUCUAAAAAAAAGUCGUGGUGUAUAUUAAAUGUGCAUUAAAAAUAUAAUCAGUAUGUUGUUAAAUAUAGAGAAUCAACAAA